CAAGUGGACCCCAAGAUGUUGAACGUACAUCUGGUGCCACACACUCACGAUGACGUCGGAUGGCUCAAGACUGUCGACCAAUACUUCUAUGGCUCGCGAACUAACAUUCAAAAGGCAGGCGUUCAGUAUAUCAUCGAUUCCGUGGUGCAGUCGCUGCUGCAGAACGAGACCCGAAAGUUCAUAUACGUCGAGACGGCAUUCUUCUGGAAGUGGUGGGUAUUACAGACACCCGAGCUUCAGGAGAAGGUCAAGAAGUUGGUCAACGAUGGUCAGUUGGAAUUUAUAAACGGUGGCUGGAGUAUGAAUGAUGAGGCGGCCGCACACUACCAGUCCAUUGUGGAUCAGAUGACAUGGGGUCACCGACGUCUUCAGGACACGUUUGGCACGUGUGGUAUACCAAAGAUCGGGUGGCAGAUCGACCCC